UGAUGAUGAUGAUGAUGAUGAAGACGAAGAUGAAGAUGAGAUCAUUCAAUUUGGCACAAAUUAUUUCAUUGUUAUUAUUCAGUAAUUUAUUAUUAGUUAUAUCUAUACAAGGAGUUGUUAUACCAGAGGGUACUCCUAUUGAUUAUCAAUCAAAACGUUGGACCGAUUUUAAAAGAGCUGUCAGAUGGUCAGAAUAUCCAUAUUCAUUUUCACCAGAAGUAAAACGUCAUUAUUUAUAUGAACAACGACCAUAUUACAAUGAUAUUAUAGUUUAA